AUGCCAUGGGACUUAGACGCUGAUGUCUCAGUUACUGAGGCAGACAUGUAUUUCCUCGCUGCCUAUCAUAACAUGACCAUCUACUACUACCAGUACGAUGGUUGUCCGGAGGGCUGCUUCUUUCAGCUCGAGAUCAACCCGUACCAUAAAUAUCGUGAGAGGGAUGAUUACAUGAACUUCAUUGAUGCAAGGUGGAUCGAUAUGCAGAAUGGUCUGUUUAUUGACAUCACUGCGGCGCGGUAUGACCCUGGGCAUGAGAUGGGCGACGGAGUCAUGUACGACAAGCAUGACCACGAGUUCAAGGACAAGUACAUCUUUCCUCUACUGGACACCACCUUUGAAGGUGUUCAUGCCAAGAUUCCAUACAGGUACAAGGAGAUCCUGGCUUCGGAAUACGGCAAGGGAGCAUUGUCGAGGACUGAUUACCAUGAUCACCGAUUCGACACAGAAAAGAUGCAGUGGAUUCCCAUGAACUAG